AUGACCUGUAUCCCACGUACUUCACCUUCCAUUCCUCGCCCUGCCCCCGGAGCCGAGUCCUGUACCUGUAUCAGCCCUUUAUCCUCACACGCUUUUCUACAAUGGCAUUCAAUAAAGUGCACGUGUUUCUGGUGCUGCUGCGACUUCACCUGGGGAGGGGUCUGGCUGAGGGUUCGGAGCGUGGUUCUGAGACUGAGCAGGUUGGUCAGCCCCUGCACUGCCCCUUCCGGCCUCUGUGCAUCUCUUGGGGACGGGGCAAGUGCUCAGGCCUUCUGGUUUCGGGCCUCCUGCCGUGAGCAGCAGCUGGAUCCAGGACCCUGGGAGGAGUUCCUGUGUCCUGCAGGUCUCAGCUCCUACUCAACGUGGGCUCUUUCCGGGAACGUCAGUGCUGAGUCCGGGACACCCUGGGCCCAAGGCCACGCUCGCGGCCUGUCAGCAAUCCAGGCUGUCGGCUCAGGACAGAGGGAAGGGUUAAGCCCCCAGCAGGGCCAGGGAGGGGCAAGGUGGCACCGGCUCCCCAGCUGCUCCCAGGCCCUGCUCUGUGGUGCUGGGGACCUGGCUUUAGUUCCUCGGGGUGGAGGGAGCACCGAGCUGCCUGCCUCCGAGCUGUCUGGAGCAGCCAGUCCUGCAGAUGUGGGCAGCUCAGGGCCUGUGGGAGGGAGGGGGCUUUGUGCCCAGGGUAGCAGCUGAAGGAGCCCCGGGCCUCGCAGCCCCUCCUGGGUGACCAGGUGCUGCUUCGUGGCAGCUGCCCCCUCCAGUCCAGCGGGUAUGGGCCCUGCUCCCCCGUGGUGGGGGCGGCGCAGGAGAGUGGAGCGACCCUCAUCGAAGUUACCUCCACCCGGGUCUGAGCCCUCGGACAGACAGCCCCGCCCCGACCUGGUUACAGCUCCCUUCCCCGGUUCGGUCUCCGGUGUGCGCAUGUGGGGUGCCCCAUGGGCGGCCGCGGUAGGAGCUGGGGUGGCCAUGCGCGCCCCCGCCCCGCCGUCCGCCCCCGACUCCAGGUCUGGAUCUACUCGCCCUCCCCACCCUUACCCGCCCCCAGCCCCGGAGCCGCGCUCUCACCCCAGGGGCGGCAAGGGCGAUGGACGCGGAGGAAGCGCCCUCUCCCCCUCGGGGGUCUCCCGGAGGCGAGUCCCAAAGGGGGCGAACUCCGAAGUGGGUCCCGGGUGGGAGGCGCGCGGCCCCGCCCGGCGGGGAGGGAGAAGCGGCGGAGGCGGGUGCUCAGCGGCGCCCCUGGCGGCGGCCGGCGCAGGUGCAGGUCCCGGAGGAGGCUCCGCCCGCAGCCCAGACCCCCGCGGGGUGGGCGGGACGCGGACCCUGAGACCCGCAGCGCCGGACCCGGACGGGAGCCCCUCUCCUCCCCCUCGGGCACGUCCCCGGCCGAGCCUUCCCGCCCUCCUCUGGGGCUCUCACCUCCCCUUCACCCGCGGGGGACCCGAUUUCCGCGUCUCCUGGGCCCCUCCCUGGGCAGGGGGUCCAGCGGGAAUCCAGGAGUGACCUGCUGGAGGACUUGGUGGCCAGGGAGUCACCCUGGGAGCCCGGUCCUGUGACCCCUUAAUGGAUUCUCUGCGCUCCUGGGCGGGCCCAGUGGUCGCAUCGGGGCAGGGGAAUCGCAGUAAGGAAAAUGUAAUUCACGCAGAGCCGGCUGCGGGGGAGACGGGAGUUUUAUUAUUACUCAAAUCCUUCUCCCCAAAAACGUGGGGAUCCGAGCUUCGAAGGAUGAUAUGGUGGGUAGGCGGCCAGUGAGUCAGGAGCGCUGACCGGUCCGGUUGGAGAUGAAGUCUUGGGGAGUCGAAGCUGUCUUCCUAACCCUAACCCAGCUCCUCGGUGGGGGCCACAGGACCACAUGAGCCAGAUUGUGGAUAAACCUGACCACGUUUCAGGUUUUUUUCUAUCUACUGGGAGACUGCCUUUCCUUGGCGCUGGUUGCUACCAAUUAUUAUUUUAGAGAAACAGUGCAACAACCAUCUGACCAUCACCUGAGGGGUCGCCUGACAUUCCUGGUUGCGGGUGGGAAGCGCUCUCCUGUCCUGCUCAAGCCGGAGGAGCUACCUGCUGUAACAGUAUCAGUGAGAAGAAUUAUUAUAACUGUGAGCUGAGCUAACCCACCCACAAUCUUGCCUUUCCUUUAAUUAUUCCUGGUUUUUGGGGCCAAGCUGACUUUCAGAGACAUUUAGGCUAUAGUUUAAAUGACAACAGGCCUUGUGUAAAACUCAGCAGCUCAUCAUGAUUGAGGACUAAACUCUGAUUUUUUAUCUUGCCCAAAUUCCUACCUAAGGGGCUUGGGGAGUCAUGCCCUACAAACCAUAAAUUCUCAUCAGAUGGGUUUUAUUUAACCAUGUAUAUCAUGACUUACUUUCCAACCUGGCCCUGGCAGAACAUUACGAUAUGAGGAAGAAAAUAAAAAUAUUUUGCCCCAAAACAAGUUUCUUUGCCAUAUUUUGAAAUUGCCCCGGCAAAGCUGUUCUUUGUAGGGGGAAAUUUGCAGCUGUAAAGAAUCUCUAUUAACAUAGCUAAAUCUUUUUCUUCCAGACCCUCCCAAUCCUGAAGAGAUUAACAGUCUAGCACCUUUUAGGAAUAGGAAACAUUCAUCAUCUAUUGUCUCUAAGGGCAGCCACUAUAAGACUUCAAAAGAACUUUGGUCUCCAUAAUCUUUAUUUUAACCUGAACACCCCCUUUCUACCAAUCCCAGGUCUUUAGACAAACUCAAUGACUCAACCGUCAACCAGAGGAUUAAAUUCACCUGUAGCCUGGGGCACUGCGCCGCCCCACCCCCCAGCUUUGUGUUGUCCCGCCUUUCCGGACCAAACCAAUGUAUUUUUUUUUUCAAUGUAUUUCUUAAAUGUAUUUCAUUGAUGCCUCACGUCUUCCUAAAAUAUAUAAAACCAAGCUAGGCCCCGACCACCUUGAGCCCAUGUUCUCAAGACCUCCUGAGGGCCGUGUCACGAGCCACGGUCACUCAUAUUUUGGCUUAGAAUAAAUCUCUUCAAAUAUUUUA